GGGCGGCCUCCGCCAUGUGCUCGGUGUUGCCCGGCCCAGGCAGCUCGGUUACUUUGCGCGUCUCCUUCAUAGAACUCCACCCGGAGGUGCCGCUGGUGAAGCUGUGGGGCUUCCCCGGGGAGCGGCGGGAUGAAUACCUGCGCUUGACGGAGGAGGUCCAGGCGCGGGCCGGGCCUCGGUUGUCGUCGAGCGGGCCGGGGGGCCACGCCGACAGCCUGGCCCUCAACGACCUGUGCCUGGUGGAGCUGGGCGGGCGGUGGCACCGCUGCCGGGUGGUGGGUCGCCCGGCGCCCCGAGACUACCGCGUCUUCCUCCUCGACGAGGGCCGCACGGCCAGCGCCGCCGCCUCCUGCCUGGCGCGGGGCAGCCGCGAGCUCUUCCAGCUGCCUUCCGAAGUGCUGGGCUGCGUCGUGGCCGACUUGGUCCCGUCCAGGAGUUUCGGGGCGGUCGCGGCUACGGCUGCUCCGCUCGGAUCCCGGGUGCAGAGCUUCAGCUGGGGGCCUGGCGCCCUCGAGUUCCUGGGAUGCCUGCAGGGCAAGGAGGUGACGGGUGUGGUGCGAGAGGUGCUGAUUGCAGAGCACCUUAUGGUUUUGGAGCUACCCUGGCUAUUGGCACAGAUGCAGCGGCUGGGGCUAGCGAGCUACAUCUCCCCCCAUGCAUUCGGCACCCUCCUCAACACCUGCCUGGGAGGCUCUCCUGCUGCAGCUUUUCCAUCAGAGCCUUCUUCCUCUCCAGCCAAGGCAACUGUCCACUCCUCUGUUGGUCAGUCACAGCGAGAUCCCUUGAGUUAUUUCUAUCCCCAACUGGAUUUGAAUGUGACUGAGCCUGUGUCAGUGACUCAUGUCUCAGGUCCCUACAGAGUGUAUUGUCAGCUGCGCAGCUUUUCCAGAGAGAUCCAGCUACUCUCAGAUGUCAUGUACCAAAGUUUUGAGGCAAUCAGGGGAAGGGACUUACAAGAGUCCUUGCCUGCACCUGGUUCUCCCUGUGCAGCCCGUGGCAUAGAUGGAUGCUGGUACCGUGCUCUCUUGCUAGAGGUGUACUCUAGAGGAGGUCCAGAGGAGCAGCCAGGUGCAGUGGCACAAGUAAUUUGUGUUGAUUAUGGAAGGAAAGAAUUUGUCACGAAGAAAAACUUGCGGCAUUUACCAACUGAGUGUUUCCGCAUGCCAGUAGUGACAUACCCUUGCUCUUUGCAGGGUAUUACAGAUGGAGGCACUGGCUGGACUCAUUCACAAAUUAGUCAGCUUAAAGCACUGUUGCUGGGCAAAGAAGUACAGGCCCAUAUUGAAAUUUACUGUCCUUUUGAGCAUCUGUAUUAUGUGACCCUCUAUGGGGAAAAUGGCCUCAACCUUAACAGUCUUUAUGGGGUGCAGUCACAUUGCCUGGCCCAGAGUUUUCUGCACAGUGAUCAAGGCUGCACUUCUGACCUGAUGACUGAACUGGAGAGUGGAGAUGCUCCAGACAAGGAAGAAUCUGAAUCUUUUCAGGGUGUGUUGUCUACACUUGCUCCUACCCCACUUCCUGUUGUGCGCCUGAAGGCAGGGGAGUGCCACAGGGCUCAAGUGAGUUUUUUCCAAAAUCCCUCCAAAUUCUGGAUGUACCUCCACGAGCAUUAUCAGUCCCUCUGUCUCCUAAACAGGAACUUGCACAACUUCUACUCUCAAAGUAAGAAACUGGAGGGCAUUCUGCUUCAACCCAAGCCUGGAUCAUUGUGCUGUGUUAUGCUGAAAGAGAAUACUUAUCACCGCGCCCUCGUCAUCAAAGUACAGGGGAAGGGCAUUGAAGUUUACCUGGUGGACAGAGGAGACACCAAAAUAGUUGAUUUGCAUAACGUGAAAGAACUGCUUCCUCAGUUCAGAGAACUGCCUGCUGUGGCACUCAGAUGUGCGUUGGCUCAUUCCUCUCCAAACCAAUUAUGGAGCCCAGAUGCUGCAGAGUAUUUUAGGAAAGCCAUGCUAGGUAAAGAGCUAGUGAUCAAGGUCCUAGGCAUGCAAGAAGAUAUUUACAUAGUGGAGGUUUUUGAUAAUUCCUUGGCAGGAGAAAAAAAUUUGGGAAAAAUAAUAUCCCAAGGAAAGGACACUACCCAUGAAAUACAGAUGCCCUUCCAGAAAAUGAUAAAUGAGUCAUUGAAGAGAGGACCAUACAAUGCAGUUGCAGACGUUUCUAGUAUUACACCAAACUCUUUGUCUGCUGUUGUGCCAAACCAUUCCUGGAUAAAGCCAGAAUUUUAUUUUGACGAGCAUCUGGAGGUUGGAAGUACAGUAAAUGUGGUGGUGUCCUGUACUGAAAAUCCUAGCAUCUUUUGGUGCCAAUUAGCUAAACACUCUGGACACUUGAGGGCUCUUAUGGCUAAAAUUCAGGAUUACUGUGCUCAUUCGUUACAGCCCUAUGACUGGUCCAGUCCUGUAUGUUUGGCUAAGUAUUCAGAGGAUAAUAAAUGGUAUAGAGGUCUUAUCACUAGUAAGGAGAGGUAUACAGAAAAAGUGGAAGUUGCCUAUGUUGAUUAUGGAAAUAAAGAGUGUGUUUCACUAAAGGAUAUCUGUGCAACUAAGGCAGAGUUUCUUCAUUUGAAAGCCCAGGCAUUUAGAUGUAGCCUUUACAAUUUAAUUCAGCCAAAAGGACAGGAUCCUUUUGUUUGGGAUGAAAAAGCCAGUGAAGCUUUUCAAGAUUUUGUGGAUUCAGCAAGCAGAAUAGAACUAAAAUGUACUAUAUUUGCUUCAGCAGCGUUAAACAAUACAGAAGUCUUCAGGAUUGUGGACUUAAUUACACCUUUUGAAAGUGUUUGCCAGUUUUUAACAAGGAGGAAUCUAGCCAGACCUGUGCAGCCAGAGAAAUCCCUGAUCCCAUCUGUUCAUCUUCUCUCGUACUAUUAUUCAACACACAACCUCAAAAUAGGAAGUGAGGAGGUGAUUUAUGUUACACAUGUUAAUGAUCCCUCUUUCUUUUACUGCCAGCUUGCAAGCAGUACAGCUGCUCUUAAUCAGUUAAGUAGUAGCAUUGGUAAGCUCAGCAAAAUGUGGCACAACUUGCAGACAUCACAGGCCCCUGGAAAUGUGUAUGUUGCUAAGUACAGUGAUGGCAACUGGUAUAGGGCAAUAGUGACUUCAGCAAAAUCUACUAAAAAAAUUUUCUUUGUGGAUUUUGGAAAUACAGAGUUGCUAAAGGAUGAAGACCUGAUUGUAGUGCCAAAUGAUGCUUAUGAGCUGCUUAGGUUGCCAAGGCUAGCCAUAAAAUGCAGUUUAUCUGAUGUUGCUGAUCCACCAAAAGAUGCCACAGUAUGGUUUGAAAAAGCAGUUCUAGAUAAGCCUUUAAAAGCUUUAAUAGUAGCAAAGGAGUCUGAUGGAACACUGAUCAUAGAACUAUAUGAUGGAAAAAUGCAGAUCAAUGCAAAAUUGAAACAGAACUUCAGUUUGGAGAGCAGCAGAAUGUUAUCAAAACAUGUAGAACAUGAAGUUUCACUGUCUAGAUGCCCACUUGGGAGAGAAGCAAACACUGAAAUAAUACCAUCUUUGACAGAUACUGUGAAACUGUUUCAUGAUAGCAAGAAGUCAUGCAUUGAAAAUCAGGAAACAAUGCGCAGUAGUAAACCCAGUUUUUCAUGGUGGAGAAGAAGAGUAGAGCAGCAAGAAACAAAAAGAGAAGUGGCAAGAAAAUCUCCAGGGCUAAUUGAUAGGCGCGAAUCUUUAGAAGAUAAAAAAGGCAGAGACUUUCUAAAGGGACCUUUUCAAAAAAGAGAGGAAAAAACUCGUGAUGAAAACUGCAGCCAAAGUAGAAUUAAUACAAACUUUGUACCUAAAAAUAUUUGUGAUCUGCCUCAAAAAAUGAUAAAACCUGGUCUUAAAACUUUGGUGUAUAUAUCUCAUAUAAAUGAUCCUUCUGACUUUUACGUUCAGUUGGUAGAAGAUCAACCUCUGCUUGAUAUCAUUUCAGAGAAACUAAGCAGUUCUUCAACAUUUGAGAGCCUAAAAGAGCAGAAGCUUCACAUUGGAGACUUAAUUUGUGCAGUUUUUGCAGAUGAUGGCUCAUGGUAUCGAGCUGUAGUCAGUGAAGAACCCUCUGAUGAAUUGGUGAGUGUGGUGUAUAUUGAUUAUGGCAAUACUGCAGUAGUUGACAUCUGUAAAACAGGCCAACUUCUUGAAGACUGUUCAUCAUUUCCAGUGAUGAGCAUUCACUGUGCACUGCAUGGAGGUAAGACAGUAAGGCUUCCAGAAUGGACAGAGGAAAAAAUUCUGUAUUUUUCCCAAAGGACAAAUGAAGUUCAGCUGAAUGGUGAAUUUGUGGAAAAAAUUGAAGGCAAAUGGGAAAUUCUUCUAUGUGACAAGAAAGGUAAUGUAACAAUGGAUUUGAUUAAUAGUUACCCUGAAGACCCAGAAUCUCAUGUUGUGGACACUAGGAGCAAAAAGGAGAUAGAGACUGGUAUGAUAAACCUGUGUGAAGUUGCUCUGGGUAAGAAUGAGAACUCUGCAAGCAACACAAAUUCUAUGUCUUUUCACUGGAAGACACCUAAAGUAGGUCAAACUGUGAAAAUCUUUUCAGUAGCUGCAAAGAACCCAGGAUAUUUUUGGUGUCAGCUUAUUGACAUGGAUAACCUUGAUUCAAUUGAAAGAAAGCUUCAGGAAGUUGAAGAACUUGAGGGAAUCAUUCUGGAUGAUAUUGUAAGUGGUUGCCCUUGUCUGGCAAAGCAGAGUAAAGAUGGUAGAUUUUACCGAGCAGUUGUUAGCAACAUAGAGCAAAACAUUUUGACAGUCAUUCAUGUUGAUUAUGGAACUGAGGAAUUAACUUGUAUAGAAAUGGUCAGGAAAAUUCCCCAUGAGCUUUUAGCAAUACCACCUCAAGCAUUUCUGUGUUGUCUGUUUGGUUUUAAUGUUGAGGAAGGUUCUUGGACUGAAGGAGUAAAUAAGGUAUUCUGUGAUAUAGUAGCUGGUUGUCCAGUAGAUGUUAAAAUCAUGGAUAAAAAAGACCAUGGUUCUUUUGCAAUUCCCAUAUUUAUUGUUGAAUUGGAAUAUCAAAAAAUAAACAUCAAGGAGCAAAUGAAAUCCUUUUGGAAAUGUAGCACUGAAAACAGUGGUUCAACUGUAGCAAGUAUUUGCCGCCUUGAAGAGGAGAACAAUAAUGGACAGGGGAAAUGCUCUGAGACUGUGGUAUUUAAAACUGAAACAUGUUUGCCUAUGUCUGCAGAAUAUACUGAUAUUUCAGAUUCAUUACCUUAUUCAAAACCAUUACAUCCAAUAGAGAGUUGUUCACUUGAUGCAGGGAAAAGAACAAAGGAAGCAUUGCCUCCAACAUCACCUACUUACCAAACAAGACACCAAGCUGCAGUUGAAGCUGUUGAUACAGAGGACCAACAUUCUGUAUUUGAAUCAUUUGAUGGUGAAAUGGACCAUUAUAUAUCUGAAAAGAAAUGCAAUAGAUCAUGUUCAAUUGAUGGUGCUGAAAUACAGCAUCCUGCUAGUAGCAGAAAAGAGGUGUCAAAACAAGAUCACUUUGAAAUUCAGGUUAAACCUGAAAGCCAGGCAGAAAUUUUAACACAGGAUGUGUUUGAAGCACAGUUACUUUUGGAUGACACAAAGAGUAUGUCAGAUCUGGGGCUACCGCUGUCAGUUGAUACCAAGCAGAUUAUGCAGGAAACAGAGAUGUUAAGAGUGCACUCUUCUAAAGACACUUUGGAGUUGGAGACAACUGAAAAACCUUUUUUCUAUGAUGAAGUGCCAAAGAGAUCAGAAUUUAUGUUGCUUGAAGGAUUAUAUGCGCAGAAAGAGUUACAAGAGAGCCCUUCGGAGUUUGUGACACAUGAAGUGCAUCCAUUGCAAGCUGAUAAAAGUGAGGUGGACAUGUUGGAUCUGUCUGCUGCAUUUCCUCUUGCAAACACUGAAGGUCAACCACCAUUUUCAGAAACUGAAUCACAAGACUUGUGCACUGAAGGUCUUAUAGAAGUACACGAAGCAGUACAAAAUGUCUCAAAAACUGAUUGUGUAGAAUGGCAGAGUCUGUUGGAGAAGAGAAGCAGAGAAACGCAGAUGAGCUGUGACAUGUGUGAAACACAUGAAGACAUGAGUUUUCUUGGAGAAGAUUAUUCAAGUAAUACUCAGCUGAAUGAAGAACAAGAAAUGUCAAGUCAUGAUACAGACAAAAAAAGAAUGACUUUCAAUUUAAGGGGGUUUAAUAUUGGUUCCAAAUGCAUGGUAUCGUCAGGCGGUCAGUGGCAUAAGGCUCAGAUAUCAGGCACAUCUGCUGAAGGCACAAAGACAUUAAACAAUGAAACAAGUACCUUGGAUUCAUUGCUGGAAUGUGGCUUGGAAGCUGAAGAGCAAGAAAUUGCUACUGGUUCAGAUUCUCCUCCUUGUGGCAACUUCACUGAAAAUACACCUGAGUGAAGGAAUCAUUUUACUGACAUGACAGGCUUUAUGCAAUUUUGGAAUCAAUGGCAAGAGUUUAAUGAACAUGUUUGUACCCUGACCAGGGACAGUUGUCCUGUUAAUUAGUCCUUUUAACCGUGUUCUGUGAUGUUCACUUCUGUCAGUGUACUCCUUGGUAAAGCUCUGCGAAGCUGAAGACGUGCAGGAGUGUUCAUUGUGUUGAGGGCCUGUGGUUGCUUCAGGCUCAGAGGUUGUGCAAAAGAAAUAUGUCUUUUUCUGUAUUUUCAUGUAGUUUAUUAAAAUAUAACCUUUAGAGAGAAUACUGUGACAACAUGGAAAGUUUAUUACCUUUUUGUUUAAUGAAACUAAAAUAAAGCUUGUAUUGCAGAUGA